CCCCCACCUAUCCUCCGCUUAAAGCGUCCUCUGCGGCGCAACGGCCACACCUCCUCCGGCCCCCGACCUUCCUCGGCUCCCCUCUCUCUCCUCGCCGCUGCCCGUUUCUCUCUCCUCGCCGCACCGGUGCACCGGAGCCAUGAACAACCUCCUUUCGGAUUCCUUUGAGCUCCCUCGGCGGGACUCUUCAAGAGAUGCAGACAUUGAAAUGGGAUUGCAUCAGGCUGAUGCUUCAGACAACUUAAAGGAUUUCUUGAAAAAGGUUGAUGCAAUUGAGAGCCUAAUUGCAAAGCUGACAAAUCUAUUGAAUAAGCUUCAGACUGCAAACGAGGAAUCCAAAGCAGUUACAAAAGCAAGUGCCAUGAAAGCGAUCAAGCAGCGGAUGGAGAAAGAUAUUGAUGAAGUGGGGAAAAUUGCUCGUCAGGCGAAGACAAAAGUUGAUGAACUCGAAAAAGAUAACUUAUCAAAUAGGCAAAAACCUGGAUGUGGAAAGGGGUCUGCUGUGGACCGGUCAAGAGAACAGACUACUGGAGCAAUUAAAAAGAAAUUGAAGGAGCGGAUGGAUGAUUUUCAGGCUUUAAGAGAAGCAAUCAGGCAAGAAUACCGUGAGGUUGUUGAAAGAAGGGUUUUUACUGUAACUGGUAAUCGUCCUGAUGAAGAGACAAUCGAUGACUUGAUAGAGACUGGAAAAAGUGAGCAAAUCUUCAAAGACGCAAUCCAACAGCAGGGAAGAGGCCAGAUACUGGACACCGUUGCUGAAAUACAGGAGCGACAUGAUGCUGUAAGGGAUCUAGAGAGGAAGCUACUUGAGUUGCAACAGAUAUUCAUGGACAUGGCAGUUCUUGUUGAGGCUCAAGGAGACAUGAUCAACAACAUCGAGACACAUGUUUCGAAUGCUACCAAUCACAUACAGCAAGGCGUUAGCGCUCUACAGAAUGCCAAGAGAUUGCAGAAGAAUUCGAGAAAGUGGAUGUGCUAUGCCAUCAUCAUACUGCUGGUGAUAGUGGUGAUCAUUGUUGUGGCAGUCAUCCAGCCGUGGAAGAAGGGCACUUAACAUUGUGUUUUCUGCUUGUGUAAUAUGUGUGUAGCUUUUGUGGGCAUUUCUUGAUUUAUCAUUGUACCUAUGGUCGACACAACAGAAAGCUUCUGCUUGCCUUUCUGGCAUUUUCGAUUCAUUCUGUUUGGGAUGGUUGGGCAAUGACAUUCCAACUGCCUUACUCUGAAAUGCCGCAGCAA